CUUACUUCUCACUCUGCUCUCAACCGUUACCCUUCUUUCCCUCCCUCCAUUUCUGCAACUUCCUUUGAUCUCUCUCUCUUUUGCUCGGCUUCAGAAAGCUGCUUUCACUCCAUUGUUUCUCCUCCUCCUCCUCCUCCUCCUUUCGAAUUUUAUAUGUAUGUGUUUUGUUUUCUGUUAAUAUAUUACAGUUUCAAGUCAUGAAACAUCCAGAGACCAUGAAGUCUCCCUCAAAGCAACAACCAGAGAGCAAAAGUUGGGCUGAAAUCUGUUAUUGGUUGAGUUGUUCGUGCCUACAGCUGCUUUGGUCCAGAGUGAUCAUGCGUAAAUGGCUUAAUAUCUCCGCCAUAGAGUCCGAUUACAGCGCCGACACUUACUCCGACAACGGCGAUGAUGAUUCUGCUUCUGAUACCCAAGAUGCUCUUCCAAGAUUAAGGAGACAGAAAUCAGAAAUUUUUAGGGCACAGUAUACAGACACAAAGGAACUCAGAAUAUGUGUGGGUACAUGGAAUGUUGGAGGAAAACUACCACCCGAUGAUCUAGAUAUUGAUGAUUGGAUUGAUACAGAUGAACCUGCUGACAUCUAUGUUUUCGGUCUUCAAGAGAUUGUUCCGUUGAAUGCUGGGAACAUAUUUGGUGCUGAAGAUAACAGUCCAGUUCCAAAGUGGGAAAACAUUAUUCGUGAUGCACUAAAUAGAGUUCCACCCACAAAAACCAAAGUUAAAUGCGUUAGCAAUCCCCCAUCUCCAUCAAAGUUUAAGCCAUCUGAUGAUGUUCCAGGUAUCGAAGAAGAGAUAUUACUUGAAAGUGAUAGUGAUGUUGGUGAGGAAAUACAUCCUUUGGAUGAAGUUGAAGAUAGUCCAAACACAGGUGACAUGGAUUUGAAUUCUGGAGUUACAGCCAAUAAUAGUGGUAAAUUGGGUGUCCCAGUAGAACAGGAUUUACAGAGGCAAUUUUCUUCUCCAAAGAAAUUAGGUAAUCCAAAUUGUUUGCAGACAGAAGAUUCUGCUGGAGACGUAGAAGUACCAGCAGGUCAAAACAAUGUCAACUUAACCAAAAUGCUUAGUGGCACCGAAAGGUUUAAUUUGAGCUGGCCAGAACUCCCACUAGAUUUGUUAUCUCAGCAUGUUUUACCAAGGCCAUUUUCCUCCACGGCAGUUAAAUCUUUUAAAGCAAGGAAGUCUUUAGGAGCAUAUAGUUCUUUCAAGUCGAUCACAAAUGAAAUGCAAUCAGGACUAUCUUUGCUUGCAGAACAUGACCUUGAUGCUCUGAUGAAAAUCAAAAGAAGAUCAUCAUAUGUAAGGGUAGUAAGUAAGCAGAUGGUUGGAAUUUUCCUCACAAUUUGGGUUCGUAGGAGGUUGCGCAAGUAUAUUCAAAACUUGAAAGUGUCCACUGUUGGUGUUGGUGUCAUGGGCUACAUUGGUAACAAGGGAUCAAUAUCAGUCAGUAUGUCUAUAUAUCAGACCCUUUUCUGUUUUAUGUGUACUCACCUGACGUCAGGUGAAAAAGAUGGAGAUGAACUCAAAAGAAAUGCUGAUGUGCAUGAAAUACAUAGGAGAACUCUGUUUCAUACCAAUUGUGGUAUCGGGCUUCCAAAAGCCAUCCAUGAUCAUGAAAGAAUUAUUUUGCUGGGUGAUUUGAACUAUCGGAUCAACUUGUCAUAUGAGGAAGCAUGUGAACUAAUAUCCCGAAAGGAGUGGUCCAAGUUGGUGGAGAGGGAUCAGCUUGUACAGGAACUAAAAAAAGGUUGUGCAUUUGAUGGAUGGACUGAGGGUACAUUAAAUUUUCCACCAACAUAUAAGUACGAAAUUAAUUCAGAUAAAUAUUGUGGAGAGGAUCCUAAGGCUGGGAGGCGUGUUCCAGCAUGGUGUGAUCGCAUCCUUUCAUAUGGAAAGGGAAUGAGGCUACUCAAUUACCGGAGAGCAGAGCUCAAACUAUCUGAUCAUCGACCUGUGACUGCCACAUAUAUGGUUGAGGUUGAGGUUUUCUGUGCUAGGAAGCUACAACGGGCACUUAGAUACACAGGUGCAUAGAUUGAAAAUGAGGAAGGUUUAGAGAAACCAUUGAUGUUGAAGUGAGCGACUCGAGAUUGGAGCAGGAUAUUUCUCCAUGGGAUCAUUAAUGGAGAACCUAGCCAUUCUUCACUGUAAAUGAACUUUAGAUUCAUUCAUAUGAUUCUUUUUUUUUUUUUUUUUUCAUGAUAUUUUAUAUUCCAGUUAUAUUGUAUUAGUGUGUUAAUGGUGGUGUGUUUUCAUAGAGAGAUAGAAUAGAAACGCUGGUGGUUUAUACGUGUGCAUUGAUGAAAGGUAAUAUGUAUAUUUAGAGAUCAAUCCUCAGUUGUUUA